GUGGAGUGAAGUAGGUAAAUAUUCAUGUUCUUCUUUUCUUCUUACAUAAUGAUGAAAUCUUUUGUUGGUAUGAAGGAUAGGCAUCUUUGAGUUUUAGCAAGUGUUGAUGGGUUCGAAUGAUGAGAGAUGCAGCGAUAAUUUUGAUUUAGGGCUUGACAUCUCUCCAAAAGAGGACUGCGAACUUAGGAGUAUAAUCAUCGAUGAUGAUAAGGAUAAAUUUGUGUCCAGAAUUAAUCGCCAAAAAUAUAAAGCUGAUGUGGUGCCGCUGGUGCACUGGGAAUGGAUUUUUGACUAUGGAGCCCUUAAAUGUGCUGCCGCAUUGCUUCAAGGAGAGACCAGUCAGACAGUUGAUUUCUACAGCAGUGACACAUUCAGAUUGCCCAUGAUGCAUACACUGGCUCGUACUUAUAACUAUGACUUUAUCGAGUUAUUUAUUCGCCAUGGAGCUUCAUUUGAUCACAGGUGUUAUGGUGUUGGACAAUCUUUGUGGUACCUAGAAGGGAAGCCGCCACUAAAUACAGCUGUUGAAUCAAUAUCAGCUCUGUUUUCCAGGUCAUCAAUAUUUUUUGAGAUGUGGAAUCCUAGAAAACCUUUCUUUGAGUUGCUUGUAGAGCUGAGCAUGGUCAUAGAGAAAAAACAGACGAUUCUAUCAGGGUGCUUGUCGCAUAUCUAUCCACCAAUAUAUCUUAAGUCAAGACCUGAGAGGCGUUUAGGUGAGGUUGACUCAGGGCUUUUAACAGUUUUUAGAUUUAUGCAACCAACGAGGUAUGCAAUUCGAGCAAAGGAAUUGGUGAAGAAGAAGCUGAAGGAUGGAGAAAUGAAUGAUAACACAAAGGUUGGUAUCGAGGGACUUGAGGAAUCGGUUACGGAAGAGCCAAAGGCAGCUAUCUCUUUUAGUUCUAGCAAGAUGGAAGCCAUUUAUUCAAAAAUUUGUUAG